AUGAUAUCAGAGAGCACCAAAUCAUCUCAGAAGGAGCAGUUGAUACUCCAAGCAGCCGAAUACGGCAGAUAUCUACAGGAGCAGUACGAGCACAACGAGUCUCUGGUGUCUUAUCUACACGAUAUCUCCAGUCUGCUAGCAUUCGAAAACCCUAAGGACUCAUCUCAUUGGUACUUGCUGGACUCUGUGCAAAAGCAAAAGGUCCUGAAUGAUCUGAACAAAGCUUUAUUGGCUCGUUUGGGUAAGCCCACCGACUCUGUGUUUAAGCAGAUCAUUCAGCAUAUCAAGCUUGCACUGUCCCUGAUGGUUGAGCCACACAGACAGCAGUCAUCGUUCAUUAAUGUGGAGGAGGACUUUUUAGAUAUAUAA